AUGGACAGUGGUCCAUGGUUGAGCGCUGGGAGGGCUCCGGUCAUUCCCGCGCUGGUGACGCUGGAUCCCGACACGGCCAACGCGCGGCUCCUCCUGGCCCGGGAUCGCUGCGGAGCCACCUGGACCCGCAUCCAGCAGGAUCUGCCCCCCAAAUCCCAGCGUUUCCACCCAUCCUGCUGCGUUUUGGGCUCCCGGGGCUUCUCCAAGGGGCGGCACCGCUGGGAGGUGGCACUUGGGGACAGGGGCGCUUGGGCCAUCGGGGUGGCCCGCGAGUCCGUGCGCAGGACGGGCUGGGUGGCCCUGGUCCCCCACGAGGGCAUUUGGGCCCUGGGGCUUUUCGGGAACCGCUACCGGGUCUUCACCUCUCCCGCAACCUCCCUUCCCGCUCCCGGGAAAUCCAGCAGGAUCCAGGUGUCCCUGGACUAUGGGAGGGGACAAAGGGUGCCAUCUCCGCCUCUGAGCAUCACCCGGAUGCUGGAUGGGGAAUUCCAGAUGAUCCCAAAUCCCCGGGGACAGCAGGAUCCAGGGAUCGUCUGGCUGCAGCGCUGGGCACAGGAGCAAGAUGCCCUCAAAAAGGGUCCUGGUCCCAGGACUGUCCUGGGGACCAACCUCCUCGUGCACCAGCGCGUGCACAGGACGAACGGGCUCAGCGAAUGCCGGACGUGCGAAAAAACCUUCCAAUCCCGCUCGGAUCCCAGCGCCAAGCGGAGCCGGACGCCGGAGGAGACCCCUCUGCAGUGCCCCGAAUGUAGACUCUCCGAGGAGAUGCUGUUUCCCCUGGGCUCAGCUUGCCCCCUUCUCACCAGCCACCUGCGGAUCUUCCUGUGCUGUUUUGUGGUCCUCCACGUUCUCCAUGUGGGAUCAGCCCAAACCAUUCAUCCUACCUAUGCAAAAAUCAGUGUGUGUCUGCUUUUCCUGUGUCCUUCUCCACUCACAGCCCAGCUGAAGGUGGUGGGACCCGGCCGCCCUCUCGAUGCCACCGUGGGGGAAGAGGUUGUGCUGCCCUGUCAGCUCUCCCCUGCCUUGAAUGCUCAGACCAUGACUGUCAGGUGGAUCCGCCAUCGCAUAUCUGAAACGGUGCAUCUCUACCAUGGUGGAGAGGACCUGUAUUUGGAGCAGAUGAGAGAAUAUCGAGGGAGGACAGAUUUGUCCCAUGAUGGCCUCAUCAAAGGAAAACUGGACUUGAUAAUUACCAAUGUGAGACCCUCUGAUGAUGGGCUGUUCGUCUGCACUGUUCAAGAUGAUACUGGUUAUGCAGAAGCUGUGGCGGAACUGGAAGUUUCAG